AUGAGCGCUACUAGACCGAAGUAUCAGACAACCGAGACCGAUGUCGACGGAUAUACCCGGAUCAAAAACAUAUACAUACCCAUGCGCGAUGGGGUUGAGCUUUGCGCUGAUGUGUUUCUCCCUCUGUCUGCAUCGAAAGAUGGAGAGAAGGUACCUGUGAUUUGCAGCAUGGGUCCUUAUGGGAAAGAUAACCAUGCUGCUACGUUCGGACUACCUCAGUCGCCUAUCUAUGCAGAAAUGUAUAAGCAUAUCAAGCCAUUGGGUCCCGAUGCUUGCUUUGAAUUAUGUGAUCCAUCUAUCUGGUGCAAAGAGUACAAUUAUGCGUUGAUUCGUGUUGAUAGCCGUGGCAUUUGCGGCAGCCAAGGGAAGCUUGAUCCUUUCGGCUUGGAAAGAUCAGUGCAGAUUCAGGCAGAUGCAGAGGGACAAGAUCUCUAUGAUAUCGUCGAAUGGGCCGCCAUUCAGCCAUGGUCAUCCGGCAAGGUGGCAUACUCCGGAAUCAGUUACUACGGAAUGGUAGGAUACUGGGCUGCGAUGCAAAAGCCACCCCACUUGAGCUGCGUUGUAUCGUACGAGUCUGCAUGCGAUAUUUACCAAGCGGUAAGACGAGGCGGUAUCUACAGCGACAAUUUCCAAUCUCACUGGUAUCGGAAUCUCGUAAUUCCCUACCAAGGAGGGAAGAAAGAUGGUCACUUGGAGGAAGCAGAGCUUGCGGCCAACAGGGUAGACUUUCCGAAGCUGCUCGCGGAAACCGAGUAUCCCACCAAGGGUGUAUGGGAAGUUCUGAAUAGAGUUCGCAAUCUUUCAGAUAUCGAGGUUCCAUUCUACCUUGCUGGAAAUUGGACAGAUGCUGAGCUCCAUCUCCCUGGCAAUAUUCGGGCGUUCAAUGCCAUCUCAUCGGAGUAUAAGUGGCUUGAGAUGCAUACUGGGAACCAUCUGGGUGCGUUUUAUGAACCCGCGCAUCUGCAAAUGCAGAGGCAUUUCUUGGACUUCUUCCUUUUGGGCAAGGAUAACGGCAUGCUUGAUGUUCCUCGCAUUAGACUUCUCCAGCACCACGGUAUGGAGACUUUUUAUCGUGAGGACGAAACAUCAUUUCCUCCAGCUGACGCGGAAUACGUGUCCUUCUACCUCACUCCUGAGAAAAAGCUCUCCCUGAGCAAGCCAGCCGGCCCAAAGACCCCCUUCUCAUACCAGGGCUACAGUGAGAACCUCCACUUCUCCCUCGAAAACUCGUUCCCCGAGUCCUUCGAGCUACUAGGGUCACCAUAUCUAGAGCUUGAGGUCAGCACCACAGCCAAAGACAUGGACCUUUUCAUAUACCUUCGCGCAGUCAAUGCAGAUGGCGAGAAUAUCAUUCUACAUGGCAACCACGGCGAACCGAUGGACAGUUUCGCAAGAGGUUACUUCCGUCUUUCCCACCGUGAUGAAGUUGCCAAUGGUUUCGAGGAUAAAGUCAUUUCUCAACCAGCUGUGGCCGAGUCGGAGAUCGUUCCGGGCCAAGUUUACUCUGUGAUUGUCCCUCUGUAUCCUGCUGCAUUCCUGUUUGACCAAGGCCAGUCAAUCAGCAUUGAGAUUGGUUCGGUGGAUACCGCCAGUACUAUUGGUCCUAUGCGACAUGAGGGCGGGGAUAGAGUUCGGGAGAGAUUUGCUGGCGAUAAUGUUAUUAUCUCCCAUGGAAAGCUGGUUCUUCCUCGGGUCAGGCGGUAA